UAAGCCGUGUUCGCUUUUGUCAUCUUUUUCGUCGAUUUGCUUCGACAUUUUGACAGGCACGUGACUGGAUCGGACAGUUUCAAUUUACAAAUCAUGUGCCUGUCAAAAUUUCGGAGCAAAUCGACGAAAAAAAUAACAAAAACGAACACGGCCCUAGUAGAGUGUAGUAGGAACCUUGUAUCAAGUUCUAUUUUGAAAAAACGCGUGUAAAUUCCAUUAUUUUCUUCAGAUAAACUCCCGUAGUAACGUGAAUAUUUACUCGCUCUCUCGCUUCUUGGGUAAAAUAUUCCCCAUUAUCGAACGCACCCUCGGAAGUUUCAUCUGACGUUAAGAUUUUUAUUUGAUGAAAAAACUCAUUUGUGGAAAAUAAAACAGGUUCCAGCUUCCAGCGAAUUCUAGUCUGCAGUGCAGUGCAGUCCUGUAUGGUCCGCGUAGUUUAACGGUUUAGUCAAGGUAAACUAAUGGAUACUACAAAACCGCAAGAGAGAGGCGAGCCAAAAAGCCGUGCUACUCGUGGGUCGAGAAGCUCUUCUACUCGUGGGUCAAGAAGCAAUGGUAGUCGUGGAUCACGAAACUCUGCAUCUCGUAAGUCAAGAAGCUCCGCUAUUCGUGGGUCAAGAAGAUCUGCUGCUCGUGGGUCAAGAAGCUCUGCUACUCGCGGAUCAAGAAGCUCUGCUAGUCGUGGGUCAAAAGGCCUUUCUUCGCGUGGGCCAAAAAGCCCUGCCAAUAGUGGAUCCGAAAUCCCCGCUACUAGUGGGUUAAAAAGCCCUGCAGUUAGUGAAAGACGGGGCAUAAGGAAUAUGAAGCCAAAGGAAAAAUUGCCGAGGUUAGUGUCGGGGCCUUAUAUCGUUUACGAGUUGAGGCCAGAAGAUAUUGAGGAGGAUUUGAAGGUGAUUAGAGACGCUAUGAAAAAGAAAUUGGUUAUAUAGAGGUUCCUAUGAAAGGGAUCCUAUUUUAUUUACCUCAACUUACCUGUACUUAAACUUAAAUUAAUCUUACCAUUUAGAAUAGCUAUAGAGAGAGUUCCUAUUUUAUUUACCAUAAUUGCUAAAGAUAUUUAUAAUUUAGAUAUGCUUGUAAUUUUUCACCACUUGAAUAAUUAAACUUUACAUUUAGAAUGGCUGUGAAGGAAAACACGUGAUA